GUGCAAUCUGAACUGUCAAGUGUGAAAUCAGUGCGGUCAUCAGAUUUUCCCAUUGGAAAUUUCGUUUUCCUGACUUCAUUCUAACGUCUCGAUCGCGCAAAGUGCCUAGCCCAACACUAUUCACAUUAAGAGUUAUAUGUUCAUUUAUCAGUUUAUACCAAUAUAUGUCUAUUCGUGAUUUAGACGAUUUAGAAGUUUGAGUGCACCUUUGGAUUGCUGGCAAUUUGCGGGAGGGCAAGUGGAUAUUUGUACCUUGCACGAGAGCGAAACGAUGAUCAUUGAUAUUUGCAAGAAACAGAUUAGAUAAACAAUUUUCGUAUUGCCUAUUACGCCCGAUAUAGGUCUACGAUAAACAUUCGACAGUGAGACGAAAGCACUUGAGCGAUAUAUUCCGUAGUUAGUGACCCAGAAAGUUUGCCUUAGGCUCGCAUUCGUUUCUAAUAAGUUUUUCUUGAUGAAUUGACCGCAGUGUGCCGCAGAAGUUAUAUUAAUUGUGUAUUUUUUGUUGUGAUUGUCGUUUGUAUUUAUUUAUUCAAUUCACCACAAAGAUGGACCGUGCAGAGGGAGCUAGCGUUAAGACGAAAGUUCGCAAAGCUAUGCCAUGGUUUGGCAUGGAUAUCGGUGGUACACUGACAAAAUUAGUGUAUUUUGAACCCAAAGACAUCGCAACAGAUGAACUAGACCAAGAAGCAAGAAUUCUAAGAAAUAUUAGAAGAUAUUUGACGAAAAAUUCGGCGUAUGGGAAAACCGGUCAUAGGGAUACACAUUUACAGCUGGACAAUAUUGAAAUUCGAGGGCGGACAGGCUCUUUACAUUUUAUCCGAUUUCCAACAUCGGAGAUGGGAAACUUUUUAAAUCUUGCCAAAGCAAAGGGGAUGGCUCAGCUUGUGACGACAGUCUGCGCAACAGGUGGAGGUGCAUUUAAAUUUGAAAAUAAUUUUAAGGAGGAGGUUAAUAUGAAAUUAGCGAAAUUUGACGAAUUAGAUACAUUAAUUAAGGGAAUACUUUUUGCUGAAAUCCAAAACCCAACCGAAUGCUACUACUUUGAGAAUGCUAGUGAUAUUAAUAAAAGUGAGAAGAAAGCAUUUGACUUCUCCCAGCCAUACCCCUUCAUAUUAGUUAAUGUUGGGUCUGGGGUGUCAGUACUGGCAGUUUACGGCCCAGAUAAUUUUAGACGGAUAUCAGGUACUAGUUUAGGUGGUGGAACAUUCCUUGGACUAUGUUGCUUGCUUACUGGCUGCAAUACAUUUGAGGAGGCCAUCCAGCUUGCAACACGGGGCGAUCAUACAAAAGUUGAUAAAUUGGUCAGGGACAUCUACGGCGGAGAUUAUGAUCGAUUCGGUUUGAAUGGCGAUUUAGUUGCGGCAAGCUUUGGACAAAUGAAUUUGAAGGAGAAACGAACCAGCGUGACCAAGGAAGAUCUCGCUAAUGCCACACUUGUAACAAUCACAAAUAACAUCGGCUCAAUAGCAAGAAUGUGUGCCAGCAAUGAGAAAAUCGACAAAGUUGUAUUUGUUGGAAACUUUUUACGUGUUAAUCCCAUAUCAAUGAAACUGCUAGCCUACGCUAUGGACUAUUGGUCAAAAGGUACACUUAAGGCACUUUUCUUGGAGCAUGAAGGCUACUUUGGUGCCUUGGGAUGUCUUCUACAAUUCAAUGGGGAACUGUCAGCCGCACUUAAUGAAGCAGAAGCGAAAAAGAACACCGCGCCAGAAUCUUAAUCUAAUUUUUGUUGACUGUGUUGAAUGUUAUUUCCAAUCUGUUUUUCUUUUUAAGAACAUGGUUCAAAUAUCUUUUUAUACGAUUCUGUAUAAAUUUUUAUAUUUUGAUAUUUUUACUGAAAUUAUUCCAUCUUUUUAAGUAAAAUGUUGCGGACGGAUGAAACUUUAUAAAAAAUCUCUCUCUUUCCUUUUUAUUUUGGUGCUAUGAGCUUUGGACUAGUUUAGAAAUUCUUUAAAUAAAUCUGGUGCUUUGAGAGCACAAGUAUUAUGUGA